AUGAUAUCUGCCCUAGGUUUACAUCGAUCCAGCACAAGGACACGAGCGUUGAGCAACGACAACAUCGACCAUAUCACGCUCCAAUGCCAGCCACGUACGUUCUGGGCUGCCUACACGAUGGAAACAUAUCUAUGCAUCGUCCUCGGUAGACCAAAACACUACAAUGACGAUGACAUAGACCAGAAUUUUCCAGAUCCGAUCGUUGACGAGGCUCUCGCAGCAUCCGGCCACACCAGAGACAUUGAAGAAGACAGUCCAGUCGAUGGAUUGAUAUGGCAUGCCAAACUAGCACAAAUCAUUAGUUCUACCUCUCGUGAAGUGUACACCAUUAAGCGGACCACCACUAGCACCCGCCCGUCAGCCAUCUAUCGUCUCGGAGCUGAACUCAAACACUGGAGGCAUGAUCUACCGCCUCAUCUUGGCAAGAUCAAGGCAUCAAGUUUAGUGCCUACCCUCAAGAGACAGUCACUGGCGUUGCGACUAGCGUACUGCCAUGCACAAAUGCACACCCACCGAGCUAUAUUGGUAGAGACCCACGGGCCUACCACGGACUCUAGACAAAUGCAGGAUAGUGUGGACGAAUGCCUCAAAGGCGCAGAGACGGCGAUGGAGACAGUCGAGACCAUGGUGAAGGAUGGCGCCCUUUCCUACUCCCUAUGGUGGUCGCAGUAUGUGCUAUUUUGCGCUCUGUCAGUGGCCUUCGUCUUCGCCAUCCAGCUCAAGAAGGGCACUUGGGUCAAUCAAGAUCGCCAAUUCCAUGGCCUGCUGGAUCUUGCUAAUCGCUGCAAGACACUCUUGUGGGACAAUAAUUUUGCAGGUGCACGUUACACCGCUACCCUCGACGAGCUGAUGAAGGAGGCCCAGCAGAUGUCAAGUAUUGCGAACAGUGGUGGGCAUGGUGAUACACGACCGUCCAUGACUGCUUUAACUUUCGGCAGUACAGCGCACCAUGAUGGCAUUCCUCAUCAAGCUACAUCCUAUGCUGAAGCGGAUGUGCUUGGCCAAGAAGCAUACCCUGAUUUGUUUGAUGAUUGGGACCCCUCCGACUGGCUCGAUCUGGAUGCCUCUGCGUACAACACAUUCUUUGAGUAA